UGUAAUUUCCGCUCAAUGUGACUCUAGCUUACUCUUUGUAGUAGAUCAGAAAUUUAAAUAGGGAUCUUAAGAAAAAAAAAGAAGAAAAAGAACUACAAAAUGUAUCUUUACAUUUUGAGGAAAUCUACGAAAAUGUUGAAUGCAAGAAGUAAUUGGUUUAUGCGAGUUGCAAGGCAUGCUAAAAAUUUGCACUUAGACAGCAAGACAUCCACAUCUUUGAAGCCUGAGAUUAAAACUUUACCAAUUUUUCAAUAUCCAAUAAGUGACAAGGAUAAUCGUAGAGUAUAUGUGUGGGGUCUUGCGGAGCAUGGUGCUCUUGGAGAAUCACGAGCAUUAAAAAAAAAUAUCUCAUACCUUUCAAAACCAAACAGACUAUCCUUUGCUGAGUAUCAUAAGGUGUCAGAUAUUGCUUGUGGAUAUGGUUUUACAGCUUAUGCUGUACAUUCUUCGGAUAAGAAUAUUGUUUAUGGAUCUGGUAUAAAUACAGAUUCACAACUUGGUUACAAUCUCGGUGAAAAGUUUUCCAAUACAGUAUUUAUUCCAAAGCCAAUAAUUUUGCCAUUACAGAAUACCUCAACCAAAAUUAUAGGCAUGGCUGCUGGAAGAGCACAUUUAUUAAUAUUAACAACAGAAGGUUUGUUCACAUUGGGUAACAAUGCAUAUGGUCAAUGUGGUAGACCAAUUAUAUUGAAUGAAAAUUACGAGAAAAGUAUGGCUGUGCAUUGUAUACCUGAUAUUAAAGGAAAUAAAAUUGUUACUGUAACAGCUGGUCAAGAUCACAGUAUACUCUUGACAGAGACAGGUGAAGUAUAUACAUUUGGUUGGGGUGCUGAUGGACAAACAGGUCUUGCACACUAUCAAAAUGAACAUCGACCGAGUUUAGUCAAGGGUGACUUGGCAGGACAGCGUAUAGUUAAAGUUGCCUGUGCUGCUGAUUGUGUAUUAGCUCUUAGUGAUAAAGGGAAAGUGUAUGGCUGGGGUAAUUCGGAGUAUGAUCAAUUACCAGUUAAAGAAGAUAAUUGUCAAGUAAACAUUGCUACAGAAUUAUGUACAGAAACAUUAGGAUAUAUAACAGACAUAGCAGCAGGUGGAUGUUUUUGUAUGGUCUUAAACAAUGAUGGUAAUGUCUUUGUAUGGGGAUAUGGUAUACUUGGUCUUGGACCUCAAGUGCAAAGAGUAUCAAAACCAACUAUGAUUCCUCCUACAUUGUUUGGCAAUAAUGUGUAUAAUCGUAAUGUCAAGGUAACAAAUAUAUACUGUGGAAUUAAUCAAUUGGCGGCGUUAACCAACACAGGGGACUUAUACAUGUGGGGUUGUAACAGAUUUGGAUGUUUGGGAUUAGGGCAUAUAAAGGAUCAAUUUUUUCCUUUAAAGGUUGCAGUAGGUGCUCAAGUGAGAAAGAUUGCCUGUGGAGUUGACCAUACAGUGACUCUUUGUAAACCUUUUAUUUAAAGAAGCAACACCAU